GGGGAAUUGCUCUGCCAAUGGUCUAAGCCUUCCUCUUUCUCUUCCUUGUGCCCAUCUUCCUCCAUCAAAUUAUGACUCAUCUUCACUUUCUCUCUCCCUACUGUCCAACAGUUUACUUCUAUUUCUCACCAACUUAUCUGUGUCUUGUUUUAAUUUUUCUGUUUCUCUAAUUUUCCUAUCUAUUUGUGCUUUUAUUAUUUGCGCUUCUGCUUCAAUAUCCUCUUCUUCUCUUCUCACUUGCCCUAAUGGCCCUUCUUCACAUACUUGUUUCUCAUACUGUACUUUUAUUUUCUCUAAUGCUAUCCUUGCCUGUUCAUAACAAUCUAAAGGCAAGUUUCUCUCACUUUUUCUAUCCUGUUUCUUCUUCGGUCUCACUCCCAGUUUUGUUUGUCUUUCUUAUUCUAACUCCACAUAUACCUCCAUCUGCAUUUCUCCUAAAACCUCUACAGUUCCCUUGAGUAUUGGGAACUAACCUUCUGAGGGCACAUAUGGAGGUGGUUUAACAAAGACCCCUCCUUUUUUACUUAGCUCUUUUUCUGCAUCCUUCAGUAUUUUUCAUGCCUGUAUUAUAUUUUUCAGAGAAUUUGCUCCUUCCUUUUUGAACACAACUAGCACUUCUCUCUCUUUUCCCCUUUUUGUUUCUCUCUUUUUAUUUUUUUUUUACUCUUAUCUUUAGUUUUAUAAUUUUUUUAUCAACGUUUCCAUUUCCUUGCACAACGCUACAUCAGAUGUCCCUUCCUUUGGCCAUUUUGUCAUCAUAUCUUUGGUUCUCGUUUGCCAUUUGCUUGAAAGCUUAUCUAUAAGUUUUUACACAAUGGAUAUUUUAAUCCUAAUAUGUCCACAGGAGUGGCUGCCAUGAUUUUUCCUAUAAUACACCAAAUCCUAUCUUUAGGGAAAAUAUAUCACUAUAUCAAUAUUUGUGACAAUGUUUAUUUUUGGACAAUUUUAUUUGUUCAAUUAAUAUGAUCUUCCUAAAUAAGUUCAGUUAUUUUUAUUUAUUUAUAACCAGUUUUUCUUAUCUUCUUUUAUAACCUGCUCUUUAAUUGUAUUAAUUAUUAUACCACAUACAUGUACAAAUUUCCUAUAUAUUGUCAGUUUACUUUUAGGAUCACUCUGCAUCCAAAUAGUGCCAAACCACUAUAACAGUUACUUUUUCUUAGAGUCUAUAUUUCUUUCACUGUUAUUUCUACUUGGCAUACAAAGAAUUAAAAACUAUUUUAUAACCAUUCAUUUUGAUAACUCAUUAUAUUUAAAGGAUAAACAUAUAUCCUACUAUUUUUAGUUUAUUUCCUACUACAAUAAUCUGCAAAGCCAAUAUCUUGAAACUAUUUUUCUAAUUUGUUUCACCUUCACUAUUCAAUACAUAAGUUCAUAAAAGGCCCUUUAUUGUUGUGUGGGGCUCAGAUUUCUCAUACUUCAAAUUUAUCAUCCAUAAUAUAUAUUCUCAUAUAUACUUGUCUCAUUUGUUUGGGCUCAUUAUUUCUCAUACAUAUAUAUUCUCAUAUAUACUUGUCCCAUUUGUUUGGGCUCAUUAUUUCUUAUAUAUUCUCAUAUAUACUUGUCCCAGUUGUAUGGGCUCAUACAGAUGUUCUUUGUCCCUUUUUUAUUUUUUAUUCAGGGCUCAUUCUCUCAUACUCUCCUCUCAAGUGUGACAAUAACUGUGCCCCUCUGUUUAGUCACACUCACGUAACGGUCCAGGAGGCACCCACUGUCCAAAAGAUACAGAGUUUAUUUUCUCAUACAGCCACAGUCACAGAUAUACUCACACAGACAGAGACACCGACACAGACACAGACAAGUACAGAUAUAUACAUACACUUUUCCUAUUCUACACUCCGUUGAGUGACAUAUAAGUUCUGCUCUUCAGUGAUACACUUUUUGCCUACCCGGUCAAACCUGUGAUUCGUGCCUACUCGGCUUCUUUAAAGUUUAUCUGCUUUUAUUUACUGAUAUCCGUCAAGGCCCUCUUAACAGUAAAAACUGAUCAUUGCAUGCAAUUAUUUCUUCUGGAAUCAGAACCCUUUUAUUCUUUUUUCUUUUUAAAUUUGGAGAAGCUUUUUGAGUGUCCUUACCACCACGGGCAAACUCUGGCAAGCAACACAAACAAAUUAUAUAAGCAAAAAAUGCUAACCUUUUUUGGUGGCCACCUUUUGUGUUGCCUGUUUAGUCAGCCUGCCGUGGUCUUUCACUCUUCUGCUCCUUCCGGUCCCAUCUAGGGUGCCAAUUUGUUGUGGCUUCUGCUGCCUUUGUAAAGAAUCACUCUCAAAAUCUUGGGGUUUUGAUGCCAGAAGAUAGACUUUAUUAUCAGAGAUAGCAAAGCCGAGUCAGUCUGCAGAGCAACUCCCGCAAAAUGGGUUUGUCUCCCUUUUAUCCAUAUGAUCUCCCAAGGCAUGGCUAAUAUAUUACAUAUUUGUCACUGGACACCACUGUGGAGAGACUGCACCAUAUUUUUUUAGUAAGUCACAUGCUUGACCACCAGAAACAAUUAUAAAAUCAAAUGGCUAUAUUAACAUUGAUUAUACUUGAUUAAUUUAUACUCAACUUUAUACAAAUAUUCUACAAUACUUGGGCCACAUCGUAUCUCAAAAUGGAGUGGAAACUGACCCCUCAAAAGUAGAGGCCCUUAAAACCUUUGCCAAGACCAAAGAAUCUGAAGGAGUUAAGAUCUUUCCUCGGAUUCUCAGGUUACUACAGGAGGUUUGUACAGGAUUAUGCGAAGAUUGUGAAGCCUCUUAAUGAUCUUACUGCUGGAUAUACUCCACUGCAAAAAGAUCGCAGAAAGAAGAUGGAUGAGACUAAGCGGUACUUCAGCCCAAAGGAACAAUUUGGAAAGAAAUGGUCCAAAGACUGUCAGCAAGCAUUUGACACUGUCAUUGCAAAUCUUACAUCUGUUCCAGUGUUAGGAUUUGCCAACCCCAAGCUGCCAUAUGUUUUGCACACUGAUGCUAGUACCACCGGCCUUGGUGCAGCACAAUAUCAAGAACAAGAUGGACAGAUGAGAGUCAUUGUUUCGCAAGCCGAGGACUUACCAAGAGUGCAGCUAAGUACCCAGCACACAAGUUAGAAUUUUGGCGUUGAAGUGGGCUGUAACUGCCAAAUUCAACGAUAACUUGUAUGGAGCUGAUUUCACCGUGGUGACUGACAGCAACCUGCUGACAUAUAUCUUCCACAAAAUUGGAUGCAACCAGCUACAGGUGGUUGUCGAGUCUGUCGAUCUUUACUUUCAAGAUUCAAUACCGAGCUGGAAGUAGGAAUCAGGAUGUGGAUGGAUUGUCGAGACGCCCACAAGAGGAAGUUCCGGAUGAUCUGGAAAUGAGAAAGGAGAGGGAAAGAAUCAGACAAUUUGCUUACCAUCACUUGGCAGACACUGAACAGACAGUUGUUUCAUCAGAAGCAAUAAAAGAUAUCUGUGAACAUCAUCAAGUUUGUCAGCAGUGUGAUUACCCUGAUCCCUUGUACCAACCAGUGACUCUAGUGGAAUCUCUUGCUGUUGGAAUGGAUGCCCUACCUCAAGCAUUCCAGCAGGAAGACACUUGCCGGUCUGGAGAAGUUUCCCACUUGUCUGAACAAGACUUGAGGAGAAGACAGAGAGCAGAUCCAGAAAUUGGAGUAGUUAUCAAGCAGCUGGAUUCCAAGGAAAAGCCUUGUCUUUCUAAACUUGCACCUUCAGAAUUAACUCUGUGGUUUAGAGAGUGGAAUCGGUUGGAGCUGAAAAAUGGAGUAUUGUUCAGGAAAAGGCAGGAACAAGGAAGUUCAUUGUAUCAAUUAGAACUACCUGCUGAUCUUUGUGAUAUGGUCAUGAAGGAACUACAUGAUGAAAUGGGUCACUUAGGCAUCGAACGAACUCUUGAUCUGAUUCGAUCCAAAUUCUUCCGGCCUAAGAUGUCUUUGGUGGUAGAACAGAAAGUAAAAACCUAUGAGCAUUGUGUCAGAUGGAAAACUCCAUCUUCUCCAUUAGUGAAUAUCAAAACCAGCAGAACACUGGAGUUAGUUUGUAUGGAUUUCCUGUCGCUUGAGCCGGACCGAAGUAACACCAAGGACAUACUGGUCAUAACGGACCAUUUCACAAAGUAUGCUGUGGCUGAACCAACAAGAAAUCAGAAAGCCCAGACUAUAGCCAAGAGUCUGUGGGAUAAUUUUCUGGUGCACUAUGGGUUUCCAGAAAAUCUCCAUUGCGACCCAGGUCCAGACUUUGAGUCUCGCACAAUAAAAGAGCUGUGUAAAGUAGUGGGAAUAUCCAAGAUAAGAACUACUCUGUACCAUCCAAGAGGUAAUCCGGUAGAACGGUUCAACUGGACCCAUCUGCAAAUGCUGGGAACUUUGUGUACUAAGGAGAAGUCAAACUGGAAGGAUUUUGUCAAGCCUCUAGUACAUGCAUACAACUGCACGAGGAAUGAUGUGACUGGAUUCUUGCCCUACGAACUGAUGUUCGGGAGACAACCCGACUGCCAGUCGAUUUGGCUUUUGGGCUACCAGUCAACAGUCAACCUGAAUCACACUCAAAGAACGUGCAAAACCUCAAAAACCGACUGGAGGAGAGCUACAAGAUCUGCCAAAGAACCUAAGGAAUUUGAAAUCCAAAGUGAGCAUUCAGAAUCUGAUGAAGAUCCAAUUGAGUACCACACUCCUAUAAGGACACUGGAAAUUGAAACUAGAAUAGUGUCAAAGACGAAACCUGUUACUUCUCUCAGAAUUGGAAGAACUGUGAACUUACCUGGUGUGGAACCUGUGUCAGAGCAGGUUGCAGAAUAUCUUAUUCAGCAAGAACCUGUUAAUGACACAAACUUACCUGAACCUGUGGAAAGAAAUUUACUGGACUUUCCGGAAGUUGUUGGUGAAGACCUGGAAGAUGAAUCUGAAAGAGAAAUUGAAGGAGAGAAUGAUCAAGUGGAAUCCGCUGGUGAUCAUAACAAAUCAGCAGAAAAUUAAAAUGGGGAAGAUGGAAGGGAUAACGUUUCUUUACAAAAAGAAAGUGCUAUUUCCGGAAAUCCUAAAAUGGAUCAGAAUGAAGUAACUGAACCUGUGGGAGGUCUAAGACGUACCUAGAGAUCCCAUGAACCUCCAAAAAGACUUCACUAUCCCCAGUAGGGAAAUCCUCUCAGUAUGGUGAUUCAGUCUUUGUUGUCAAGCCUGAGUACACCAUUUACUAAUUUGCUGGAAGACCUGGAACCUCCUAGUAGUUCACAUGCCAUUGUGACUGUUCAACCUCAAAUGCAGAGGGACCUGCAUACAUUCAGGAGGGGAGAGUGUAACCCAGGUCACUGACUAGGUCACUAGUAAUUAUAAGUAUUUUAUUUUUAUUAAUAUCUCUUUAGUAUUAAUAGCAAAAGAAUGCAGAUUAAAGUUAAUUUAUAAUAUAUUAUAAAUUUAAAUCUAGAAAAAUAAUUAGGCCAAAGUAAGUUUUGAUUGGGUGAGGUCGGAGGUUAGUCCCGCCUCCGGGAAGAGAGUUAACGAGGAUAGCACAAAGGAACAGAACGAGAGAAGUAGAGAGUGUGACGGAGAAGAAAGAGAUGCAGGGAGAGGCGAGACAGUGUACUCGUGUUCAUAGCUCUUAAAUAGAAAAUUUAAAUAAUCUAGAAAUAGAAUAUUAAAGUGAAAAAUAUACUUAGAAGUUUACGCUUUAAGGAAAUCGAAUUUGAUCGAAGUAGACAUAUAAAUGUAGACAUAUAAAUGAACACAAAAAGCUAGAAAUGUACGAGAAAGAAGAUGAAAACUAACUGAAAUCAGGCCAAAUCAAAAGAAUACUUUAUUUUAUUUCUUCACUUACCUUUUCCUUGGCUGUUUUUUUUUUUUUUUUUUUUCACUUUUGUCUUUCUUUUUUCUGUUUUUAUUUGCCCUAUGGAAUCCUGAUCUGUUCCUGCCGUCGAUGCUUUGUCUAUGGUCUGGACAUGGCGAGCCAUUCCUCUAACUGACUGUACCUGGAAGUAAAAAGAACAAUCAUAUUGCUGAACUGAGCUUGACGACACCAGUGCUAGUGUAAACAUAAUGAAAGACCAUAAGAGACGUGUCUGUUUGAACCAGGAUUCAUAUCCCGAGGUUACCAGAGCCAGCCAGAUCCAGCACCAUUCCUGCUUGGUGUCGGACUCCACUGCUACGUGUCUCUGAGUGAUGAUGACUAAAUGCAGCCGGUACCAGCCAGACAUCACUUCAGUCUAUUAAGAUGGACUUCAGGGGAUGAACUGAUGCCAACUCCAACCAUAAGACAUGGGAUACAUCAUAUGCCACUGCCUGAACCUUGGAUUUAGGAUAGACUUCAAUGAAAUUACCUGCCGGGUGAACUGCAAUGCACCUCAUUGAUCUCUACCUGCAUCACCUCGGUCUAAUGAUGGACUACACUCUUAAAAUGGAAUACACAGACUAUCAAUUAAUUGCCAACAAAAGCCUUCAUCGGCCAACUAACAAAGGACAAUGGAUCUAUGUAAACUUCUGCAGUUAAUCCAGGAUGGACUUCAAAGACAUUUGUCAUUAAUCUUACAGUUCAUACACAAUCUUUGUUUAAACACUCACCUUUAACACUUACUUAGUUUACACAUUUUAAACCAUGACUUGCACUGCACACAAAUAACUAAUAUUAGCAUUAUAUAGGCAUUAUAUUCUGCCAAUUAUAUUAUAUGCCUCUGUCACCAAGACAAAUUCCUUGUAUGUGUAAGCAUACUUGGCAAUAAAGCUCAUUCUGUUUCUGAUAUUCAUGUUGUUUAGUCAGAGGGGAACUGGCCCCCACAGUUAGCUUGGUUUCCCCAAGGUUAUUAUUCUCCAUUAACCAACAUCUUAUGGAGUUUUGUGCUCCUUGCCACAGUCGCCUUCAGCUUGCUCACUGGGGUUCUAAAUACAAUUAUUAUUUAAUUAAUUCAUUAUUUAUUUUUUAUACACAAUUUACAAUCAUAUUUAAUCAAACUAUGCAAUGCUCACUCUAAGACUUCAUAGAUAUUACAGUUUAAUUUUAUGUUAAUGCAUGAUUUUCUAUAAAGCUGCUUUGAAACGAUGUGUGUUGUGAAAAGUGUUAUACAAAUAAAAAAGACAACUUGACUUGCAAAUUGAACAUUAUGCCACAAAUGCUGUUGAUUUGAGCUUAACUUGUAUUGAACCCUGAAUAUUCAUUUAAUCUCAGACACCUGGGAGAGUGUGCUUGGCUUUGCGUAGCAGUAAAAUUUUAUUCGGUUCUAAUUAUUGUGAUUUAAGAAAAUUUACUUAAAGGAAUAGUUCACUUAAAAAUGAAAAUUCUCUCAUUCACUCACCCUCAUGCCAUCCCAGAUGUGUCUGACUUUCUUUCUUCUGCUGAACACAAACUAAGAUUUUUAUAAGAAUAUCUCAGCUCUGUAGGUCCAUACAAUGCAAGUCAACAGGGUUCCAACUUUGAAGUUAGAGACGCCUGUGCGUCCUGCUGGAUUUUUUCCUCAUAACAGCGGAAACAACUUAAAAUACUCUGUCAUUUUUGGGCAUACAGAUAAGUGUAAGACAUCAUUAGAGACUAUAAAGGGUCUACUUUUAUUUGUGUACACUCACAAUAACAACAAAACCUUGUGCUUUUGUAAAAUAAAGAAA